GUUGUAUUUCCCCUCAAUGGUUGGUGCAAGUCACCCAGAGCCGCAAACUAGGUCCGUCCCAGGGCCAAUUCGAGUCCGAGUACCCGUUAUAUUAAACAUCUAAUGGCACCAACUUCAAGAAACCAGCGUCAACAAUCGAGAGUAUCCUUUCAUCCAUCCAACGACACUGCAACUUAUCGUGAUUUACUACUCUUUGAAGAGCGCCUCAAAACUAAUGCCGCUCAGCUUCAACGCAGAAAGUCCAGGUAUCAGCUGUUCCUAUUUCAUCUUCUGAUAGCUAUUGCAUUCCUCCUCUCCGAAGUGCUACUUCAGACGUCGUUUCUAGACAUACUCUAUACGAACCUCCUCCGAAAAGUACUUCCAGAUGUAUACGGGGAUGCUGAGAACUUAAAGCCCCACCCGUACUUUGCAUCAGGGCUCCUCUUCGUACUUGUAACUGCCCUCCUUCUCUUCUUUGCCAGCGGCAUGUAUGCUGAGAAAAUUGCAUAUGCAAAUAGAUAUGUUCCUCAUGCGAAUAAAGCUCUUCGGAAUUUCAACAUGUACCUGAAUGUCCGACGUCCCCCUCUUCGCUCAACAUUCUCCAUCAGCCCCUUCUCUUUUGUUUUUCAUCGACCUAGCCAGUCACGAGCACCAUCCCCAACGCUGCGCCCAUCCAAUGCACCAGCUCCUAUGGCUCCUAUACCACCCGCAAACAAUCCACGUGGUGAACUCAUUUUUUCUUCACGCGUUGACCGGGGCUUCAGGGAGAGUUAUGAGAGAUACCGAGCUGUAUUUGAAAGGAAGCGAGAUCGAAGAGAGAGGGAUGAAAGAGAGAAGACGUGGACAGGACGAAUUGCGAACAAGAUGCCGUGGAAUCAACCGCCAGAUGCGUCGCCUGCUUUAGCUGUACUUUCACGAACCGUGUCUGGUUGCGGGCGGGGAAGCGUUGUCGACACUCCGUUAGGGUCAAGGAGGUCGAGUCCUAUACCGAGACCAGGGACAAGAGAUCAUCCUGCUGUGAAGACUAUUGAUAAGUAUUGAUUAGGUAGACUUACAUUCGCAUUCGUUUGAAAAGCUUAUACUUUUACGAGGUGUUUUCUAAGUCGACUAGGUAGCAGAUGAGCCUCGGCUCUCUCACCUGAAGAAAUGGUGUCGGUUCCUAGUGAAUGUAACAAUAAAUGGCGCCGUACACAGAAAUUGUCUUUUUAUUCGAAAUCCAACCACAUAAGGAGCUCUCUAAUACAAUGGCUGCUAGUCAACUA